UUGUAGAUGACCUUUGACUUACUUCUCAGAAACACACGGAAAUUAAAUGUGGUCGAUUGAGUGCGUACACGUUCCUCAUUUUGGUUCACUAAAAAAGGGAAGUUUUUAGUAUGACAGAAGGAAUCGAAACCCGUCCGCGUGUCGACUGAGCACUCGGGACAUUGCCAACAUUGAAAUCUGCAGCGGGAAACUCGGGGAAAUGUCUGCUUCGCGCGGAGAACACAACAACAGCGCCGGCGGCCCGUCGCUGGACUUCACCUUGCCGAUGCCGCAAGACGAGUACGGCACCUACCCGGAAGUCAGUUGCGACACGGUGCGUCAGAAGCUGACACCUUUGGAUGAGAUCUUGAAGACGAUACCACUGGAAGAAUUCCUGAUCAAGGACAAAGCCAAUGCCAAGGAACAAGAGAAGAACCUUCUGUGGUUCCACGGGAAGAUCACGCGAGAGACCGCCGUUCACAUCCUUCAGGACAACGGCAACACGGAGGGGUUGUUUCUUGUCCGGGAAAGCACCAGCUCGCCCGGUGACUUUGUCGUGUCGCUCAUCCACGACUCCCAGCCCCAGCACUUUCAGAUACACUGCCUGGGCGAUUUCUACUAUCAGGUGGACAACGGUCCCUUAUUUCAGGGACUGGAUGCGCUGAUUAACUUCUAUGUGGAAGGAGCCAAUGGCUUGUCGACAAGACUAGUUGAUUUUUGCAAGGGGGAGGUCCCCCCAGCCAUGGCCAGACGGAGGGGCAGGACCACACCCUUACACAGGGCUGUGAUAGACGGCGACCUGAAGCUCAUCAACAGGAUUCUACAGAGCCCGUACUGCUGCCCACUGGAUGCUCGCAACAUGGCGGGCCAGACGGUGCUGCACGACGCCGCCAUGUUGGGGGACGCCAAGGUGGUGGAGAAACUCCUGGAGAGUGGGGCCAGCGUCAACUGCAAGGACAGCAACUGCGUCACCCCGCUGCAUACCGCAUGCAUCCACAACCUUCCGCACAUCUGCAAGUUGCUUCUGCAGCGGGGUGCGGACCCCACCCUGCGCCACCCCAUGACGGGCUGGGUCCCGCUGCACGAGGCCGCCAUGCGCGGCCACAGCAAGUGCGUGGAGGAGCUGCUGCGAUUCGGGGCGCCGUGCCACCCCCGGAGCGUGGACAACGACACGCCCCUGGAUCUGGCCCGGCGGUACGAGCACGAUGCCACGAUCCGAGCAUUGAAAAACUACCAGCCUCUGGUCCCCAAGACCAUGAAGGGACACUGGGACCACGGCAUGCUGGACCGCAACAAAGCCAUGGAGGUCAUCCAGAAACAGGGGGCCAAAGACGGGCAGUUCCUGAUCCGCAGCAGCUCCCACAAAGUGGGCAUCUACGUCCUGUCCAUGGCCGCCAACGGCAGCAUCUACAACUUUGAAAUCAACAAGAAGGGAGAUAGCUUCUUCAUCGACGACGGCCCCUACUUUGACACCAUCGAGCACCUCGUGGACCACUACAUGCACUACGACGACGGGCUCCCCAUGCGGCUCUUGCAACCCAUCAGCCAGUACGGCGCCCCUGCAAACCAGUACCCAGCGGUGCCGGACCACCCACCCAGGGGGGCAGUGAGAAAUGGGGAGCGGCCCCCUAUACUGGGGCCGAGACCCCCCGAUCUGGCCAGGGAGCUCCCUGUGCCGGCUAGUGGGCCCCCUUCCAGUCCUUCAAAGAAUAUGAGAAAAGGACCGUUUGCGGACCAGCAAGGGAGUCCACCGAGCGCCAGGCCCAGCGGAUUCUCUCGUCUCUUCUCCAAGACUAAGAAGCGGGCCACGCAGAAACUGCUGCAGCAGCAGCAACAGCAGCAGCAGGCAAAAGCGGCGGCCAACCGGGAGACCGACAUGGUGAACAUCAACGCAAAGGACAUAGUGAAAGGCCAAGAAAUAGGCCAGGGGGAGUAUGGCUCAGUCCUGCAAGGCAAGUGGCGUAACUACGACGUGGCACUGAAAACCUUACACCAGGAACAUCUGCAGGCGGGCCAGCGAGAAUUCAUCCGUGAGGCGAGGGUCAUGCACGGCCUGGACCAUCCCUGUAUCGUCAAGCUGCACGGUGUGGUGAGAGGCCCACCCAUGAUGAUGGUGCAAGAGUUGGUGCCGAUGGGAUCGCUGCUGAACCUCCUAGAGGACCACCCCGAUCAGGUCUUGGAGGAAAACUGUCGACUCUGGGCGGCUCAGAUAGCAUGCGGGAUGAAGUACCUGGAGACCAAGAAGUUUGUCCAUCGGGAUCUGGCUGCCAGGAAUAUCUUGCUGGAGAGCAAAGAGCAGGUCAAGAUCAGUGAUUUUGGGUUGUCACGUGCAACUGGCGAAAACAACGACUACUACCGGGCAACAUCGGGGGGUAGAUGGCCUGUCAAAUGGUAUGCGCCUGAGUCCAUCUACUUCGGGACGUUCUCCCAUGCGUCUGACGUAUGGAGUUUCGGAGUCACUCUGUGGGAGAUGUACACCUUCGGAGACCAACCCUACGGGGACAUGAUGGGAUCUGAUGUGAUUAAGAUGAUUGAAGCCGGCGGCCGGCUGCCCCAGCCGGACGACUGUUCCCGCAAAAUCUACGACAUCAUGCUCCGGUGCUGGUCGUACGACGCCAAGGACCGACCCACCUUCAUGCAGCUCAAUCAGUCGUUCAGCGAGGACCCGGACUAUCGGGAGUUCUACCAUGCCGGGGUGAAGCAGGCGCCCAGCAGGAAGAGAUAAACAGGCUGAACAAUGUUGGGGCAUUUUGAAGCCCUCCAGGUGUAUUUUUCCCAUGAUUGGUAGUAGUGUGUGUGGAGGAUAUGAUCCCCUGAUGGUGGGGUAUGAGGAGGCAGAAAAAGGGCACUUCUUAUCUAAUAACUUUCAGGGUUUUUUUCAGAACCCUCAUCUCCCUGCAAUCUUGAUUUCAAGUUUCCUUGAUUGUUUUGUACAGGAAAUGGAUCUGAUGUUUAAAAGGGGUUAUCAUGGCUGUCUAAUUGGGUUCUUUAUAAGGUUGUCAUUUCUCUUGAUGCUGAUUAUUAUAAAUACACGGUUGAUCCUGUGGCCUGGAAAAAAACCUUGAAAAGUCGUUCAAGUUUAUUUUCAAUUUCAAGGGUCAUGGAAAUUUGUAAAAAUGACAAAAGUCAUGGAAAGUCAUGAAUUUUGUUUUGUUAUUUUAAAUGUAAAACUUCGUAGUGUUUCUGUUGCAGUUUUGAUCUGCAUUUUGAUGAAUUUGAUGGAUUUUCAUAAUUUGGACAGGGAAAAGUCACGAAAAAGUCAGCAAAUUUUAUUGUCCUAAAGGUGUGGGAACCCUGCAAAUAGUACAGGAUAUGCUGGAUAUGACAAAAAAAGUAUCACUUGCUGUUUAAGAAGGGUUUGAGUAGAUUUUUGUCCCAAUUAGAGGUAAAUAUCAGGCUUCCUUUUAAAUAAUUCAGCUUUUGUAUAUAAUAAGCACAAAAUACAGGGCAAGUCAGAAUGAUGUGGACCCAACUUAAAGAAAAUCUUUAAAGUAUUUAGCAAUUGUCAAGACAAAUGCAAAUGAGAUAUGUUAUAGGCUGGUACUUUGGCCAUAUUUGGUAAAAGUUGUACGUAUAUCCAUGGUACCAUUUUGAAGAAAAGCGCUAGCAAAGAACACGCGCUAACCACGGUUCCAUUGUUCAACAAAUGUAUUGAAAUUGCGUACUGAUGUGAAGCAGUGUAAUAA